GGAGAGAUAGCACGCCAGGACUCAGGGAGGGACCUCACAACUUGAUCAGAUGUCGCCACAUCCACACUCACUCUACACAUACCAGGCUUUGUAACGUCAUAGUCUCCCUGAACUCUUGUGCUUAUGUUCAGGAAUGUCAACAAGGAUGGUGUGGCAUAGAAGUAUACAUCAGUGAACACGUCCCUAGUACGGGGCGUUGUGAGGGACUCCACCAGUGUGGGGUCCGGUGAUACCAUGGCGGGGCGCACAGACACUUGUUUCGAUGUAAAGUUGUCCCUUAGACUGCACUGAAAGUGACGUUCCAAGGCAAUCUUUCCAGAGCACUUGCUAUUGAUUUUAGAUUGUUCGAAAAGUGUUUAUAUAAAUAUGUUAAUUGUUCAACGUACAGGUAUUGUUUUGUGGAGUGUUGGUGUGGCGUCAGAGUGCUGUGAUCAGCACAGGCAACAGAUAAACGGGAUAAACUACAGCACAGACUGUCCGCUGCCUCUGAGAUGUCCAGUGCUUUUGUUAGUCUUAUGUAAAUGCUUGUAUUUACUGGGUGUGUGUGUGUUAGCAUCCAUUGCACUUCAACAAAAAUUAUUUUCAGUUUCUGUGGACUGUGUUGAAAGUUUAAUGGAAAACCAAAAGAGACUACAGAUAAAGUCUGCCAACUUAAACACCCAUCAGAAGUGUUAAUAUAUUCUUUGGGUGACCUUGAAGACAAAAGUGAUUCUUCCUGACAACCCGGGACGUCAGGUUAGACGCCGUCCCUCACCAGGCCCGCUGGACCUAUCCACCAGUCAAUACCUCACACCUUCCCUGCCCAAAACCAUGCCCUUUUGAGAACUCCAAGAGCAUUUUCCCGCGACACAGCAGCGCCCAAGUGGCAGCGUUGGGAGUAAUCAAGGCGACAUGGGCUCGGGCGUGGGUAAGGGGGAGGACGAGGGCGUGAAGGGAACGUGGCGUGUGAACACCUUCCUCUUUUUGUUGACGGGAAGUCAAGGAGUCUUGCUGCCCUGGACGCCCCUCAUCCUCAAGGCUGCUAGCUUCUCUGCUCAGGGUGUGGGCGUGGUCACGUGCCUUGUUACCCUGGCCUCCAGCUUGGGUGUAAUAGCGUGUCUGACGGGUGUCAGGAAGACCCGCAGCGGGGCCGUACGUCGGCUGCUGCUUCUCCUGCUGCUGGCUUCUGCUGCCGCUUUGCAUGUGUCUGCUGUGAUACUCCUGCAGCAGCAGCAGGCGGUAAGACGCCUUGGCUCCUGCUACUACCAAUAUUCCUCCAUUUCUUCUCCACCCUCUUCAUCAUUGAUCUCUACCACUAUCUCACAGCCAUCGUCAUCACCGCAGCCACCAGGAUCACCAUCAACACCGUUAUUAUCGUCAACAACAUCAGACACGGAGCUGCUGCCUUCAUCAAUGGUUCACCAGAACGGAAGCAUCAUCGUGCUGACAAAAACAACACAAAAUGUGACUACAUUGCAACAUCCGCAAAUUAUGACCUUUGAGACUCCCUCCGUUAUCACAUCGUCCACCACCACCACUGCUGCCACAACACUCACGAACUACAACCGCGCCACAACUACAGAGCCUGAGGUAUCUAACCCUCAUUUGUCAAGUACAGUGGACACCAGCACAGAUGAGACUCGCAGAGGCACCAAAAUAAAGCCAGGGAAGGGCACAAAGGUUCUUCCAGUGACGACAACGGUUGAAGGUCCACAAAAUAAACAAGUAACUGACACCUUCACCACUUUAUGGCCCACAAACAUUAUAAGCAGUUCCAAUAAUUAUGCAAAGAGUGAAUUUUCACAUAAAACUCAAAUAACCUCAAAACGGCAACAUGACUCUGGGAAAAGCGCCGACCACACCAAGACGACAGCAGGAGUACUGCCAGACAACCCUGAUAAUAGCGACCAACGGGCAGAUGUCGGAGAUUUGACUGACAAUGACACACCUCAAAAGGAAGUUGGUGAAGCUGAUGACUCAGAAGACGACGAUGGCGAUUAUAAUGACGAGAAUUACAGCGACAAUCAACAAGGAGAUGAAGUUUCUCUAGUAAGAUUGUCAGGUCCCGAUCGCAAUGAAGACUUACUUUCUAAACCUCGUUUGCUUGGAAAGUAUUCAGAAAGUAAUUUUCCAGUACUUUCUGACCACAAAAAAUCUCCCAAGGCAAUAAUUAACAGCUUAGGAAGCGCUCACUGGAGUCCCAAGAACUGGUUAAACAAAGUCGCAGUUCCACGACAGACACGCGUCGAUCAAACGAACCACAUAACCAGACCAGUCCAGGGAAUCCCAGUCAAGACCGACAAACAUAUCUGGCUUAAGGAGACUCCUAGCAGUAGCAGCAGGCAAGGCAGAGAUCCUUACGAGUCUUCCAUCUUGCCCCAAGUCCCCCCACCGCCCAUUAUAUUCCCACCAGAUGAUAUCAUGAAGCGCACACGUCCUGCUGCAGACUCCAAGAGGGAGGACUCACGGCAUCAUUCUCAUCCAAGAGACCGUCCACGUUCGUACAGCAGUGAUCUGCGCCCGUGGUUGUCCCCUCCACGAAGCCAAAUUGAUGAAUCAGGAAGCCAGGAGAGUCACGAAUUUAGUUCAGGUGUCAACCCACAGAAGGUGUACCAACGAAGCCGUCGUUCCCUUCCUUUAUAUACAGGAGACGCUAAUGCCGGCGAUAUUGACACUAACACGGCAGCAAGUCCAGUAAGUCAUAAUGAUGGGAGUAUAACAAAGUCUCACACAAACCCUAGGGAUGGGGUUUCAGAGGAGUCGCGGAGCGCGUCAGAAAGUGAGGCCCGCGAUAUAGGGGUGAAGAUGGGUGUCGCGGUACUUAUAAUUAUUGGCGGGUUUCUGGGGGCAGGAGUGGAGGCCAGCGUGGCCCAGCUCUGGCACUGCUACUCCCACGGCUACGACGAAGGUGGCGUCAGCCACGACAUUCUGCAGCGCACCAUCACUCACACCUUCCACCUCAGUACCUACGCCAGUCACAAGUCAUGGUCGCUGCUGACCUCGGGGGCGUGGCUCCUGAUGGGUGGAGCCCUGUCCACCAUAGCGUGCAUGGUGGGUGUUGAGGUGGGCGUGUACGGCGGGUUGGCAAGCGUGCACCUGGCGCUUGUGUUGUGCGCCCUGGGCGUCCUGCUGCUGGUGCCUGUCCCCUACGGCUCCGUGGACCCUCCCAGGACCCGCCGCCCUCUCUCCCUCUACCUCGACGAUGAGGUCCUGCGAGAAGGACUCCGGCGUCUGACCUUCCACUCGUGGGUGCUGGCCAACGGCUGCCUCGCUGCCUUCUCCUUCACCUUCAGCAUCUGGCUCCUGCAGGAGAUGACCUCGCAGGGGUCGGCGAUGGUGGCCCAGGCAGCGGCGCUUGCUGUCACCUUCAUUUCGGAGGGCCUGACUCAUCAGACCCAACGAUGGAUUAUGUCCCACUGGGGGCUGCAGGGAACCAUGGGCAUAGGCGGCGUGGGCGUGAUGCUUCACUUCGGAGUGAUGUGGGCGUCUGAGAACGUUGGCCUAGUGGUCGUCUCCCACGCUGGAUUAGGCUGUGGCUUGGCGCUCAUGUGGGUCGCCGUCAAAAACAACUCUCUACUUCUCGCCACCGUUAGUGACCAGGAGCGGGAGGCGUGGGCGUCGUGGUGGUGCUGGCGUCUUGGUGUGGGCGUGGGGGCGGCCGUGUGGGGGUCAGGUGUACAGGGCGCGGGGCAGACGGUGCGGCCACUCCUUCUACACGCCACACUCAUCUCUGCCACCAUCGCCUCCACCGUUGGUGUCACAGCCAUCAUCACCAGGCGGAACUGGCGAACCCAUCGAAGAGUCUACCACACUCUCGACCUCAACAUGGCUGAUAGCACUGAGGACGACCACGAAGACGACGAUCCCUGCGAAGACGACUGGUUGGUCAAGAGAGCCAAGAAGGAAGGCAUCACUCUCUGAGGGGGAAAAAUAACAUGGGCGAAAUUCUGUUGUGCUGGGAAAAAUGACCAGAUAUACUGUAUAUAUUUGGUCAAUCUUGGCUUGGCUGGAAAUAUGGUAAAUUCGUCAUGCUGGUAUUAGUUCGAUAAACUCAGAAUGAACUGUUGAUGUAUAUGUUAUCAAACUAUGUAACUAGCUCAUUAAUGAUGUAACUUGGGUUUAUGUUUCAGGUCUUAAGCCCAUUAUUAUAUGCCUCUAACCUUGUCACCUACUACUAACAGGAUGAGCUGUGGGUACAUGAACUGAACUAAACGCCACUGUGUGAAGAACAAAGGUGUACAUAUUGUAAUUGUACACCUUUGUAAUUGUACAAAUUGUAAACAAUUUCAUUUAAAUUCAUGGCUACAGCCAAAGUGUGAAAUCUCAAAUCCUGAAAACACUAGCAUUUUAGUAAUUAAAAAUAUACGUUUUUGCAUAGAAAAAUGAAAAUAAUCUAUGAAAAAGUUAAAAGAGCUUGCAGCUCUGAAACAAAUGCGGCAAGGCAUGUUUUUUAUAAGUGUGGGGUGUUGCAAUUAGAACAAGUGGAAGAUAAUGGAAUUAUGGGGGAAGAGGGGCGUAAACCUUUGUUGAGCCUCAGGCUUACUGUCCCUAUUGAUGCCACUACCCAUGGUGGUCCUCGGGUAAAUAAUAAAAAAAAAGUUUGGUGCUGAUAGCUUUCUCCUCACACCAACACCACAAGUUAUUUACCAAUAAAGUCUUGUUCCAAGUUAGUAAUUGUUGUCAGCUCUUGGUGCUUCCAGUAAACCAAUUAAAAUAUUUAGUACAGUGUGCACUCACCUAAUUGUGCUUAUGGGGAUUGAGCUUUGGCUCUUUGGUCUCACUUCUCAACCGUCAAUCAACAGGUGUACAGGUUCUUGAGCCUAUUGGGAUCUAUCAUAUCUAUUCUUAAAACUG